GGCGGCGCGGCACGGCUCGGCGCGGCUCCGCUCCGGGAGGCUCACGGGGCCGGGACAGGAUGGCGGCCCCCGAGGCCGGCAGCACAGGGUGUCCGGGACAGCGGGACCGGAGGGGAGCGCGGCGGUACCCGGGUGUCCCGGAGACCGGGACCGAGGAUUCCCGAACGCCAGAGAGUGCUGGACGCAGGGGUGGGGUGAUCAGCUACGUGGGCUCCAGCGGCGCCUCUCCCACCCGCACCAGCCCCGUGUCCCUCUGCAGCGACAGCUCCAACGGCAGCUCCCAGUCGGGCUCGCAGCCCUUCCCCACGUAUUUCCCACCGUCGCCCACCGGCUCCCUCCAGGAUUCCCGCGCCUAUGGCGGAGCCACGCUGGCCCCCCAUGAAGACGGCUCCCCUUCCUCCUCCUCCUCUUCCUCCUCCUCCACCUCUUCUUCCUCGUACGGCUCCUCGGUGAAUUUCCCCGGGGUGCAGCCGGUCCCCGCGGACGAGCGGCGCCGCAGCUCGCCGAGCAAAGCCGGCAGCACCGUCACGAAGCUCAACGGGAUGGUGCUGCUCUGCAAGGUCUGCGGGGACGUCGCCUCCGGCUUCCACUACGGCGUCCACGCCUGCGAGGGCUGCAAGGGCUUCUUCCGCCGCAGCAUCCAGCAGAACAUCCAGUACAAGAAGUGCCUCAAGAACGAGAAUUGCUCUAUCGUCCGCAUCAACCGCAACCGCUGCCAGCAGUGCCGCUUCAAGAAGUGCCUGCUGGUCGGCAUGUCCCGUGAUGCCGUGCGCUUCGGGCGCAUCCCCAAGCGGGAGAAGCAGCGGAUGCUGGCGGAGAUGCAGAGCGCCAUGGGCGGCAUGGCCAGCGCCCCACCGCCGAUGCCGGGGCCCGGCGAGGGUCCCGCCGCGGGCGGGGGUCGCGCACCGGCCCCCGGCCCCCCGCCGCUCGCCCCCCCCGCCUGCUUCUCCCAGUUCCCGCAGCAGCUGACGCCGCCCCGCUCGCCCAGCCCGGGGGGGGCCACGGAGGACGUCAUCGCGCAGGUGGCCAAGGCCCACAAGGAGAUCUUCAUCUACGCGCACGACAAGCUGGGACCCCCUCCCGCCUGCGACAGCGGUGUGCUGCGCUGGGACGCGCCCCCCGCCUGGGCCCCCGGCCCCCCCGAGCCCCGGCUGUGCCCCGCCGCCUACCCCGAGCCCCCGGCCCCGCGGGGCUGCCCCUGGCCCCGCGGCCCCAAGGACGUCCUGCCGGCGUGCCCCAUGAACAGCCACGUGCCCGGCCGCAGCGGGCGCUCGGUGCAGGAGAUCUGGGAAGAUUUCUCCCUCAGCUUCACCCCCGCCGUCCGCGAGGUCGUUGAGUUCGCCAAGCACAUUCCCGGCUUCCAGGCGCUCUCCCAGCACGACCAAGUCACCCUGCUCAAGGCUGGCACCUUUGAGGUGCUGAUGGUUCGCUUUGCGUCGCUGUUCGACGUGAAGGAGCAGACGGUGACGUUCAUGAGCCGCACGCGGUACGGGCUGGAGGAGCUGUGGGCCAUGGGCAUGGGAGACCUGCUCGGGGCCAUGUUCGACUUCAGCGAGAAGCUCAGCGCCCUGGAGCUCAGCGACGAGGAGCUGGGGCUCUUCACCGCCGUCGUCCUUGUCUCGGCAGACCGCUCAGGCAUGGAGGACACGGCAUCAGUGGAGCAGCUGCAGGAGACGCUGCUGCGGGCCCUGCGCGCCCUCGUGCUGAAGACGCGCCCGGCCGAGACCUCGCGCUUCACCAAACUGCUGCUGAAGCUGCCGGACCUGCGCACCCUCAACAACCUCCACUCCGAGAAGCUGCUCUCCUUCCGCAUCGACGCCCAGUAGUGCCCCCCGGACCCCUCCCCACGCACCCCUGUACAUACACCACAGCAAGGGGGGGGACACACAGAACUUCCCCCUCCCCUCCCGGGGCAGCACCGACCCCGUGGCGCCCGUCGGACUCGCAGGGAUUCACCCCAAGGUGGGCGCCAGGAUGCUGGGACCCCCCACCCCAAAUCGGGCACCACCCCCACGGCUCCGCUGGCAGCGCCGGGGGGUCCCCUCACCCCGACACCCCCGUUCUGGUGGCCGGGGGUGGGACGCAGAGGCCGGAUCCAGCCGCGCUGGGGAGGGGGG